AGUAUGUUUGAGGGAUUAUAUAUAAAAGAAAUCCUUAUAGAAAAACAUUAAAAACAAAACAAGGUUAAUAAGGAAAUUUCGUACACGACGAAAAGAAAUGUCUUAAACGUCCGAACGCCUAAUAUUAUACAUAUUAUCCAAUAAUACUAAAAUUCACGUAUAGAAAGCAUUAAAUGUUGGUGGUGGAAUAAUGAUAUAUUGUGAUUGUUUAAGAACUAAAUGACUCUACACACUAAUAAGUACUGCAAAAAGACAUAAUAGUUGACAAAAUUAAAAUACCAGGAAGUAAUUGAAGAAACCGACCAUAAUCAAUUUUGGGUUAAAAAUUAACAUAAAAUGGGCGCUAACGUUUCUCAAUUGGAACGUGAAAUUGGCUCAGACCUAUUUCCACCCAAUGAACACUAUUUUGGAUUGGUAAAUUUUGGCAAUACUUGCUACAGUAACUCUGUUCUGCAAGCACUGUAUUUCUGUAAACCAUUUCGGGAAAAAGUGCUUGAGUAUAAAGCCAAAAAUAAGCGUCCAAAAGAGACACUGCUCUCAUGUUUGGCGGAUUUAUUCUACAACAUAGCAACACAGAAGAAAAAAGUUGGUUCGAUAGCACCAAAGAAAUUCAUUGCACGAUUACGCAAGGAAAAGGAAGAGUUUGAUAAUUAUAUGCAACAAGAUGCGCAUGAAUUUUUAAAUUUUUUAAUCAAUCACAUAAAUGAGAUAAUACUAGCUGAGCGAAAUAACAACAAAACUAUUGUGAGUGCUAAUGGCACAACAAGUAAAUCAUCCUCGACCUCGUCGACGUCGACAUCAACCUCUACAUCGAAUUCUACUUCAAACGGUACUUGUACGAAUUCAUCGGGUUCCCUAAAUGGCGUAGGUGAGCAAGCUACAACACCAAUUCAACUCACCAAUGCCGCCAAUACUGAACCAACUUGGGUGCAUGAAAUUUUCCAAGGAACACUAACAUCAGAAACGCGUUGCCUUAAUUGUGAGACUGUCAGCAGCAAGGAUGAGCAUUUCUUCGACUUACAGGUCGAUGUCGAUCAGAAUACAUCAAUUACGCAUUGUCUGCGAUGUUUUAGUAAUACGGAGACAUUAUGCUCAGAUAAUAAAUUUAAAUGCGAUAAUUGUUGCAGUUAUCAGGAAGCGCAGAAACGUAUGCGUGUAAAAAAGUUACCGAUGAUAUUGGCAUUACAUUUGAAACGCUUCAAAUACAUGGAACAAUUUAACCGACAUAUAAAAGUAUCGCAUCGUGUAGUAUUUCCAUUAGAACUACGACUGUUCAACACAUCCGAUGAUGCAGUUAAUCCCGAUCGUUUAUAUGAUUUAAUGGCGGUGGUGAUACAUUGUGGAUCAGGACCAAAUCGUGGACAUUACAUCAGCAUUGUAAAAAGUCAUGGCUUGUGGUUGCUUUUCGAUGAUGAUAUGGUCGAUAAGAUAGAAGCGUCAACAAUAGAGGAUUUUUACGGCUUGACUUCGGAUAUACAGAAGUCAUCAGAGACUGGUUAUAUACUAUUCUAUCAGUCACGUGAUUGCGCGCCAUAGUAUGUAAGUGGUGCAUAUAGUAACUAAGUUUAUAUAUAUAGUAUAGCUGCUUUAUAUAGCAAAAAAAUUAAAUAACUUAAAUAAAUUUAUUUUAUAUUU